AUGUCAGAUUUCAACAGUAUGGCAGAACUGAACAGCGUAGUCCACAGUAAUAAGAAUUACGAUGUAGGUAGAUUCCACACCUACGGAAGACCAGUGUUGGCGGAGUUUAUAGGUACAACUUUGUUUGUCUUCAUUGGUGUACUAUCCGCACAGCCUGGGCCCGGUGCUUCCCUAACAUCAGUGGGAUUAGCACAUGGACUGACCAUCGCGCUACUAAUCAUGGGCCUCGGGAAAAUCAGUGGCGGUCAUUUUAACCCAGCAGUGUCCCUGGGAGUAUGUUUGGCAGGCGGUCUCUCCAUUGUCCUCACUAUUGCGUAUGCUGUCGCCCAGAUCCUCGGGGGAAUGCUUGGUGCUGCAUUCGCCAGGGCUAUAAUUGAUGACAACAUAUACAACAUGAUGGCUGGUGGAUCCCAUAUCCCUAAUAUAGAUGCUGGCUGGGCCAUACUCGGAGAAGUAAUCCUUACUACUAUUCUUGUCCUCUCGGUCAUCAUGAAUGCGGUGAACGAAGAAACAAAGAACGAUUUAGCCCCAUUCGCCAUCGGUUUGGCUGUAGCUGUAGACAUUAUGGCAGCUGGUGGUACGACCGGCGCCUCUAUGAACCCUGCCCGAAGUUUUGGUCCAGCUGUGGCAGCCUCGGCUGUUAUACCCCAGGAUCCUUGGACUUACCACUACGUGUAUUGGGUGGGGCCACUAGGGGGCUCGCUGCUGGCAGCCAUCUUACACAGAUUUGCAUUUCAGAGUCUUCAAUCUGUAGGCAAAUCGAAACCUAAUUUGCAAAAGUCUCCAGUGUUCAGCAUUCCAUUGAGUUCGCAAAAGGAUCUGGGAAGUAUGACGACAAGCGAUGUGACCGAUAAGGAUACAAGUCAUAUCCCGAACGGGAUAAACUAA